AUGGAUCAACUACCGCAGGAACUCGUCGAGAAGAUUACUAGUUAUGUACCCACGGAGGAUCUCAAGAACCUUCUCACUCUCACAACGAAGUUUCGCUACAGCGCAGAAAGAUACUCCGGCGCAUUUACGGAAUAUACCCUGAACAAGCGCAAUGCCGACAAGUUUGUUAAGAUUUUCUCAGGGCACCGUCUGCUAUAUCUACGGGAAGUGAUCUUUCGACCCAAUCUUCCUCCACUAGUCUGGACUCCCCCAGCCGGCGAGGAGGAUGAAGAAAUCGAAUGUCGCGAAAGUGCGGAUGAAAUACGAGAGAAGAAUGAACACUUCACACGUCAGGUGCAGAUUAUCUAUAAAACCCUUAGAACCGUCGAGGAAAAUGCUGGACAUCAUGCCCCAGGACGAUAUCGACUCCUGGUGCACGGCCCUACGAGACUGCUCCAUGACAACAGCAUCACUUGUCCGCAUCGCCAGUAUAGCAGCUGGCGAGUUCAACUACUCAAUACCGAAAUGCCUCUGGUGUAUUCCGUUCGUUCUCUAGAGAUCUACAAUGGACAUGAAUUGAAACUGGAUCUGGGUGUCAUGGUCAAACUAGCAUCGAGACUCCCAAACCUUGAGUACAUGGGCUGCAAGACCGGAGGGUUCGAAUGGCACCCGCCCUUUUGCCACCAGGGUGGCGACGAAGAACCCAAUCGUCAUUUUCAACACGAUUGGGACGGUCCACGUCGUGAUGCAAGACAUGAUUUUGCAAGCGCCGUUACCAGACAUGAAGCUCAGCUCCCAGCUUCACUCCGACGGGCGAACCUAGACUUUGUCCACCCACUAUAUCGCACACUGCAUACUGUACAGGACAGGAUGCUACCUGACCUAGUCAGACCAGCGCUGUACGACCCAUUCAGCUCCAGUCUUCGUCUCUUAACCAACAACGUUCGGCAGCUCCGCAUACGGGCCAUCAUCGAUGAAAGCUUAUUUCACAUUGACGAUUCUUCACAGCCGGCAUGGCCUAACCUGGAAAUUCUAGAGGUCAUGUUUCAUCCAUCACGGCCUGACGGAUCGUGGUACUUUCAUGGACCUAGAGGUCAGGGUCGCGACGCUGUAGGUUAUGCAAUUACUGCUGCCUCCUACCCGCCUUUCGAAGCGAAUGAUCUCGACGCUGAGAUGGAGGGGCGAUUACACGAUCAAUCUGUUCUUGUAGAUUUACCUAAUGGUCAUAGCAAUGAAUUCCGCAUCACACCAGAUGAACAACGACUCAGACCGCUGCUGGAAGGUUUCGCCAGGGCCGCAGUACAGAUCCCUUCCUUGAAGAGAGCCAUUAUCCGGUCGCCGUUGUUCUGGGACCCGACUGAGGGAUACGAUGACGGAAUUCAAAGAAAAAGUCUCGCAUGGGGUAUACAGUAUUCCGAUGAAGAUAUUGGUGUUAACAUGGCAAAGCAUGAUCCGACAAGCCAAAGAGAGCAAGUUCAUACAGCGACACGUGCUUUGACUUGGAUGAUGAAUGAUUGGCAUCCUGAUGCGCAGCUGCACAGCCUUUUCCAGCAAAUUGGACGCGAGAAGCAUGGUGAAGAUUUGGUUGAGCAUUGGGAACAGAAGUACAUGUAUGCCGACGAUCUCCCUCACUGGAUGUUCAUUAAUGCUUUUUGGAGUCAUGAUCACGGUCAUUGGAUCUACGAUGAUGGGUAUGAUGAUCCGGGCCGUCUGCCUACUUUGCUAUUGUAG